AUGACCUGCUUCCUGCAGCUGGGCUCCCGAGUCAACUUCACGAUCUCCAAGCCCUGGGCGGAGGAGUUGGAGCUCUAUGAUCUGGCGGAGCUGAAUCAUGCAGGCUCCUUCAAGGAGCUCCGCAGCUGGCGCCUGGCGGGCAUCUGGAUCUUGGGCCUGGUGGUGUUGAAUGGUCCCUUGCUGGUGCACGGGCUCUUGCUGCUCUGCCAGCGCUGGGACGUGCCGAAGAUGGUCCGGAGGCACCGGUCGCUGCAGACCAAACACCUGGCCGCCAAGGGCUUCGACGCCUUUGCGCUGAAGCAGCCCAGGUGGAACUUCGACUGGCUCGCGCUGUGCAUGUACUCGCUGGUGGCGGGCUGGUUUGUGGUUUGCCACUUAGUGCCGCGCGCGGGGGACUUCGCGCUGCUGCCCUACUCACUGGCGCUGCUCUUUAUGGUUUCUGGGGCUCUCCACAAGGCGAUCGCCGCCGCCGUGGGCCUUCUGAAGUUGCAGAGGUAUCAGACGGAGGAGUUCAAGGCCCCGUGCGAUUUGGAGGUGCUGCACUUUGCGAUUCUGGCAAACUAUACUGAGAGCAUCGAGACCACCAGGGAUACCCUCGAAAGCCUGGCUGCCUGCGAGGGCGCGGAGGAGCUGGGCGUGGUGCUGGCCCUGGAGGAGCGGGACGGGGCGCGGGGCGCCAAGGCCAAGACGCUGGAGGCGGAGUUCGGCGCUCGCUUCGGCCGGUUCCUCUGCACGGUGCACCCCUGCGGCCGCGAGAAUGAGAUCGCCGGGAAGGCGGCGAACGUGGGCUGGGCGGCCAGCUGCCUCUUCCGGCAGCUCGCGGAGGCCAAGACGGACUUGGGCAAGGUGGUGCUCACAGUCAUGGAUGCCGACAGCGAGCUGCACCCAAGGUAUUUUCGGGGGCUGAGCUACCACUGGUCGACGGCUUCAGAGGUCCAGAGGGAGCUGACCAUUUGGCAGCCUCCGGUUCUGGAGUACAAGAACUACCACACCCAGCUGGGAAUCGUCCGCUUGAGGAGCGUUCUGCAAGGGGCGUGCCAGCUGGGGUGGUGCGCGGACCCACGGGCCACGCGGCUGCUGCACUCCACCUACUCCGUGUCGGCGCGGCUGGCGCAGCGCGUGGGCUGGGAGAAGGGCCGGCUGACGGACGACUGGCACUUCCAGGCCAGAUGUUGGCUUUGGAGCGCUGGGGCGCUGAACACGGAGCCCAUCUUCCUGCCGGUGGUCAGCUGCGGGCCGGAGGCGCACGACGCCGUGAGCUCCCUACAGGCCUUCUGCAACCAGUACAAGCGCCACGCGCUGGGCCUGCGGCUGCUGGGCUACCUGCCCACCCGCGCGCGAGGCCUGGAUUGGCGCGGCGCCCAGGACUUGGCGCUGGUGUGGCUGCAGGUGCUGUACUGCCACCUGACAGCGCUGCUUUCUUACCCGUUCCUGGCCUUGCUCCUGGCUGCGCUGGGCGCCGCCAGCGAGCUGCUGCUCAGUGCCACGCUGGUGGGCGGCGUCGCCGUCGCGGUGUUGCUCACAGAGGGCUGCGGCAUCUACCGGCUGAUCCAGGACCGCAUCGCCCAGGAGGGGCCCGUGGCUCUGUGGUCCGGCUGGCUGCCCCACUUGCUGCUGCUCUACCUCCAAAGCCUGGUCUUCGGGCCCAUCGCCGGGGCGCUCUUCGGCGGCCUGGAACUCUUCGUGGCGUUGAAGCUGGGCCUCGGCCUGGCCACCGCGGUGCACGAGGUCUGCCCCAAGCCCAAGGACAAGUCGGGUGGAAGUCAACCCGCCUCCCCGGAGCUUUGGGCGGACUUUCUGAUGGCUGCUUGGUUCAGCUUGCGCUUCUACUCCCAGAAGGCCUGCGCCACCGCGCUGCUGCUCAGCGCCUGUUUGGGCACGGCGCUGGCCUGGCACUUCGAACACCUGGGCCCGGCGAAGGGCGGGGUGGCGGUGUGCCAGCACGUCUGGAUGCAGGACAUCUCCUGCGGCAUGGUCUUCGCGCCGGAGCGCGGGGUGAUGGUGGCUGGGCUGGCCAUCAGCGCGCUACUCUUCCUGUCGAGCAGCUACUGGGCCCUGAGCUUCGCGGAGGAGACGGGCGCGACGCUGCUGAGCGCCAUGGGCUUCCCCUGCUCCGUGCUGGGAGUAUGCUGCGGCGUGGGCACCGGCAUCUUCAGCCUCGAAAAAAGCGAGCUGGCGCACGGCUUGCUGCUGACCUUCUUCGCGAUCUUCCUCACGGUGCCCGUGGUGGCAGUGACCCGCAGGGCAGGACGCUGGGCGGUGUGUACGGCGGUGCUCACGGGCGUGUGUAUCGCCGCCUACCUGGCCUUGAAGUUUGUCCGCUGCGUGGUGGGGGUGCGAGACAUGUGGAUCAGCGAGCUGGCCUCAGUCUUCGAGUGGCUCACCAUGAUCUGUCUCUGCGCCCAUGUGUGGGCCUGGCCUUUUCCGGCCUGA